UGUCACAUUGAAAACAUAUCCGGCAUGGGCGUCAAAUCGGCUCCGGGGCUAUAAAACAUAUUUCGUCGAAGUCACACGUUUUGUAUUUUGGGCGGUGUCAAUUUACCAAGUGUAAUACACACACUCACACACACACACACGCACACACACACGCACACGCACACUCAUAGCACACACACAUACAUCAGCGUUUUUUUGUUUUGCAUUUUAAGAAGUGACAAAAUUUUGUUUCAACGUAAAUCGAAGUUAAACAAGAGACAAAUCUGGAGACUGAACAACUAUGAGUCGAACGCGUUACAAUCACCUGAGGCACGAUCGAGAGUUGGAGGGAGUGUCACAUGUUCCCCAUAUGCCACAACCCACAAACGCGCAGCCCUACACCCGAGCGGAGUUGAUGCAGCGUGGAGCGGCACCUAUGAUCACGACUCGCACAAAGCGUUUACCAACACUGAGCAAAGGCCUUUCCCCUCGUCCAGUGGCAGUGGGUGCGGAAAUAGCAGCAAAUAGACGAAUGUGCAACGCGACACGCACUCACUUCUUGCCACGUGUGGCCAAAUUGGCCAGCAACAGCAAUAAUAAUAAUAAUGGUAACAACAAAAGUGUUUAUAUCAACACUGGUAAAACAUUGACUCGAGAUAAAUCGCCGGCAAGAAAACAGCCCAAAGCAAGCGCCUAUUUGAACAGCGUCUGUGACAGCAGCAGCCUCUGUGCCCGUGGACAGAAGUUGCCACUGCAACAGCAACAACAUCCUCAUCAACAGCAGCAGCAGCAGAAACAUGUGGAGCCGCAAAAGCAACAGUUGCCGCUGUUGAGCAGCAACGGCAACAGUUGCAGCGCUAGCAGCAGCAUGAGCAACAGCAGCAACGAUCUGCGAAAGAUCAAAGUGGCGAAAGCAUUUCGACUUCCCGACGAGCAAAACAAGAGCUUCGUUUAUCUGUGCAAGCCGGUGAAAAAGGUCAAGCAGCUGCUGAUGGUGCGCUCCUUGAACAACAGUGUCGAAGACUUGGCCAAGCAUUCAGCCCAGUCGGAUCCAUCACAGUCCAUCAAUCAUAAUUUGGAGCAUAUUGAUUCCUGUAGCAGCUUAAAUUUGGCCGAGCAGCUGGAGCUGGAUUGUAGCUAUCAGGGUAUGUUGGAGACGCAGCUGCAGGAUGUGCGACAGCGGGAGCAGCAGCUGCAACAGCUGGCCGCCAAAGUGCAAUGGGAGCAAUCCUCCGAAAGGGAGCCCGCCAAGGAGCGUGAAAGAGACAAGCAUCGUGAUAGGGAUAGAGAUAAGAAUGUGGUUGUGGAUGUUGAUGCGAAUGCAAAUGCGGAGCAAUUACAGCGUAACAUGGAAAUGGAAUUCGUUUGCCAGAACAUUCCAACGCUGCAGCGAGAGAUCAAGUUGCUGCAACAGCUGGGCGAGAAACUGGAGGCGACACUCCGGGCCAACAUACAAUGUCCGACAACAACGCCGCGCAGUUCACCACAUGCGGAUUCGCGCACUGUCUUCUAUACACCACGCUCCACACUGAACAUCUUUGGCUACGAAUCGCUGCCCAUUGUCCAGCUGGGCUGGCGCCUUGAGGAGCAUAUGUUGCAUUUGGAGCAUCGGGCACAAUUUGUUGCCUCUUUACGUUGUUUUGGUUGCAUUCAGGAAUUUCGCAUCGAGACAAAGACGUUGACGGAGCUGAAGACGGCGGAUGAGACACAAUGCUUCUACUUGCCAUUGGCUGAGGAUGGAGGCCUUCAGCGUACUUCAUUUCGCAAGCUGCGAGAGAAUCCCAAUGUGCUGCUGCAGCAGUUGCGCCCUGUGACACCGGCUAGACCCUUUAAUUUGCUCGAACAGGAUGCCAUGUUCUUCAACAGCAUGUUGAGUCAUGGCGACAUCAAUGCCUCGUCCCCCUUAGCCUCGAUUCCUGCUCCGACUUCUUUAGAUGAGCUCUGGCCACGUGAAUCUGGUGGUGAAAAUCAUUUCAUCUUUGCUCUGUCAUCACCCUAUGCACGUCUCUCAGUGCGUCCGCAGACCUGGACCACGGCGGAUGUGGAACGUAUGCUCGUGUCCACGGUGAAUGCCACCGUUCAAUGUGAGAUCCCGCCGGCAGAGACGCCAAACGUGACGUUGAAAUCCUCAUGCUGUCGUCAUCGUUCCAGCAUCAAGUGUCGACAAUUCCUACGCUGGCAGCGUCCCAAGGUGAAACCCAUUGCAUUGCCGCUGACAAAGAUUGCGAUUAAUCCGCAGCGUAAGCUUAUUGCACGCCAGGUGGCGCCACUUAAACCGCUCACCGAGGAUUUGGAGCCAGAGGUGCAGACGCAGUUGCUCAAGACCGUACUUGUGGGCAUUGUCCAGGUGGCCGUUUUUCUGGUGCUCAUCAUGGCCUUUACCUAUCCGGAUAUACGUUGUUGAAACACCCUUUAGUUCCUUGCAGAAGCUGUGUGAAUAAGUGGUCUAUUUUUGCCAAGGGAUUACUAUCCCUUUACCAACUUUAUUUGGCCAACCCCCUUCGCUCCAUUGUUUUUCGUUACAUUUUCCUUAAUUGUUAUUUCAAUCCUAUUUUUUUUUUUUUUGGCUUUUCUUGCGAGUCACCUUAAAUAGCCUAGAGAAGAGGGUCAAAGGUCAAAGCCAAACAAACCUAAUGUUAAUAAAAAUUUCAUGUGUAAUUGAA